UUUUUUUUCUCUUUCAAGUUUCUUUCUGCCAACGCAGUCCAACAUCCAGUCUCGUAAUGUCAGACUCAAAAUGGCAAUGGGAAAAUGCCACAGCCGGUGCCGUCGCAGGCUUCGCCACAGUCGCCGCCGUGCACCCUCUUGAUGUCGUACGUACUAGAUUUCAAGUUGACGAUGGUCGUGUCGUCAAUCUCCCAACUUACAAGAACACUGCACAUGCUAUUUUAAACAUUGCUCGCUUAGAGGGAUUAAAAGGGCUUUAUGCAGGCUUCUUUCCUGCAGUUCUUGGCUCAACUGUUUCCUGGGGUUUGUAUUUUUUCUUUUAUAGUAGAGCCAAACAAAGGUAUUCUAAAAACAGGGAUGAGAAGCUGAGCCCUGGUCUUCAUCUUGCAUCUGCUGCAGAAGCUGGAGCUUUGGUUUGCUUUUGUACAAAUCCUAUCUGGCUUGUAAAGACAAGAUUGCAGCUUCAGAAUCCUCUUCACCAAACUCGGAGAUAUUCUGGGUUUUAUGAUGCCUUGAAAACAAUUAUGAGAGAGGAAGGAUGGAGAGCACUGUAUAAAGGAAUUGUUCCCAGUCUUUUUCUGGUUUCUCAUGGUGCUGUCCAGUUCACAGCUUAUGAGGAACUUCGUAAAGUUAUUGUUGACUAUAAAGCCAAACAAAGAAAAGAAGAUUGUAAAAGUGCUGAUACUGAUCUGUUGAAUUCAGUUGAUUACGCUGUCCUUGGGGGUUCUUCUAAAAUCGCUGCCAUUAUUCUGACAUAUCCAUUUCAGGUUAUUCGGUCCCGACUACAGCAACGGCCCAGUAUGGAAGGAAUUCCAAGAUAUAUGGAUAGUUGGCAUGUCAUGAAGGCAACUGCUCGGUUUGAAGGUUUCCGAGGUUUUUACAAGGGCAUAACACCUAACCUUCUGAAAAACGUUCCUGCUUCUUCGAUAACAUUUAUUGUCUAUGAAAACGUCCUGAAGUUGCUAAAACUGGGAAGAACAAGCGACUGAGAUUUUUCUUGUUUGUAUUUUCUUCACUCUUUUAGUAGAAUUUUUGACAAUGCCAUCAAAGAAAAAAAUUAGCACAAACGACGUUGUAAUGAGCUGCUACAAAAAAAAAUAACGGGGAAAAUAUUAUCGAAGUUUGAAGAA